AUGGCAACGGUACAUCCUUCACAAGAAGAACACGAAGUCCAAGUCCUACCAGGGGCCGCAAAAGUAGAAGUCCGGACAAUAGACAACGACGGGACCACUCGUCAGACCGAACCAGAAGCAGAGAGACGAGGCGCUCAGAGCGCAGACCCAGUCCGGCUUAUGAUAACUAUGAACGGCCAAGACCCUGCUCAUAAGGGUGGCUGGCACGGAGGCACAGGCAGUGAUUACAUGGAGAGUCGUCGUCAACAACGGUUGGAAAAUACAUUUUCAAUCUGGCCCCCUUCACCGACACGUCCCGAGGCAGACGAUCAUCAUGACAAGAAAUCCAAGAAGUCCAAACGUAGGAGAUACUCUUCGUCUGACAGCUCCGACUCUUCAGAUGGUGACCGCUCACGCCGCCGUCGAGAUAAACAUAAACGACGUCAGAGAGACAAGGAUCAGGACAGGGAAAAGAGUCGAAGUCAUCGCCAUAAGGAUAAGGACCGUAAACGCAGCUCUCGUAAGGCCAAAUACGAUUCCGAUACCGACGACUCGGACCAAGACUCUCGCCGACACAAACACCGUGACAGAAGCAAAAGCCGAAGCCGAAGCGUUGACAGAAGGAUCAAGGACCUUGAUUUGGACUCUAGGUCUAAGAGGUCCGAGGAGCCUCAGGAGAAUGAAGACGAGAUGUGGGUCGAAAAAGCCCCAACUGCCCCAUUCGUACCCGUCCCCGCCACAACAUCACAGCAGGAAGUACUGGAAGACGAGGAGAUUGGCCCUAUGCCUGUUGUUACAUCAGGUGGCAAACUAAGCGAACGAGACUAUGGUGGGGCUUUACUACGCGGAGAAGGUUCUGCCAUGGCGGCCUAUAUCCAAGACGGCGAACGUAUUCCUCGACGUGGUGAAAUCGGCCUAACCUCUGAUGAAAUCGCUCAAUAUGAAGACGUUGGCUACGUCAUGUCCGGCUCUCGACAUCGCCGCAUGAAUGCUGUUCGUAUGCGCAAAGAAAACCAAGUCAUUUCCGCAGAGGAGAAACGUGGUAUCCUUAAGAUGCAGAAAGAGGAAAGGGAGAAGCGAGAAAGCAUGAUUAUUGGAGGUUUCAAGGAAAUUCUUGAGGAGAAGCUCAAGACAGCCGGACGUCGAUAA